AUGAGUUCACAAGUAGUGAAAUGCCAUAAAUGCCGCAACAUAUUAUUUGAUGAUACAUGCAUACUGGACGGUGCUGAUAAAUGUGAUUCAAAGACAUGUGCAAGUUAUGAUAUCAGAAGAUUUAUUUACAUUAAUGAAGAAAAAGUUCCCGAUUGGAUUAAAAAUAAAAUAGAGAGUGAAGACUGGACUAAAGGAAAACUAAACUGUCAAAAGUGUAACAAUAGGAUCGGCGGAUUCGACUACAUAACGGGAAGAAAGUGUGACUGUGGAGCGUCAGUACUACCACCCAUACAUUUAGUCACUAGUCAAGUUGAUAAGCCUAUAAAAUUGCUAUUGUAA